AUGCUCGCGUCAAGGUGGAUGGUUCCGAUCACUUCUGCCCUCUCCACGACGCUGUCUUCUUCCGCGAUGUCGACAUGGUCCAGUACUUGUUGGAGAAGGCUGNNGCGUCAAUGCGUUGAACAUGGAUCGUGCCGCGGCCAGAAAGCUGCCUUCAACCUCCCAUCCUACAGACCCUAUCCCUGCAGACCGCAAGCCCGAACCCACCCCCAACAUCCCUGCCAGACCACUCACCGCAUUACCGAUUCCCGAGGCAUGACUCCGCUCCACGUGGCUGCAAAGAUGGGGGCUUCGGAGGUGGCGGAGGUCUUAGUUCGCCACGAGGCCGACACGGAGCUCAGGGACGAGAGCCAGCGGAGCGCGCUGGAGGUGGCGGUGGAGUCCGGGGUCUUUCCUCAGCGUCGGCUUCAUCUUCUGGCGAGGUUUCGCAUCGGAGACAUUAUGAUCGUAUCCGAGCAUUGCCCCAGUGCCACCACGGAGUUCAUUCGGAAUCUUUUGUGCGACUACGCUGGUGCAGAGUCCGCAGACCAAGUGGCGCACAAGACCAACGUCGCAGAUGAGCUGCAGACGGAGGAAAACCUGACGGUCGAGCACUGGAUAGCGCUUCUGGACAACACGCCAGAUGCGGCGGACUAUCUGCUGGAAAUCCUGACCGUAGAGCCCGACGAGGACAGCGUCUACUACCAUCCCUUGCCCAACCAGGCCAUCCUCAAGGAGCUCCGGGCAGACUACAACACGGACGACAGCUGGAAAUGCGACACUGAAACGGGUGACAAAACCAAGGCUUGGCCCGCCUGGCAUGAUCGCCUGGCCCCUGGGGCCCGUGCCGUGCGGAAAGGACGGCGGAUUUCGCACGCCCCUUCCAAUCGCAUCUCGAAGUUUGUGAUGCGCCAGCCGAACCCCCGGACGAACCAGCCGAAGUUUGUGGACUCGCGCGACUUGCAGCCCGUGCACAUGCGGCAACUACGAUUGAGGGGCAUUGUCUGCCCCGAGGUGUUGCAGGCACUCAGUGAGACCAAGUAUGUCGAGAUUUUCAGAAAUCCCGCCGUCACUGCAACCCUGACAUACUGUUGGGAUGCCUUCGUGUUGAACUGGUACUUACUCCAGCUGCUGCACCGGCUUCUGGAAUUGAUUGUGCUCUCUGCAUGGACGUACUCCAAGUCUCAAGACUUCAACGGGAAGCAGGUCCCUUACUGGCAGCGCCGCAUUUCUUGGACCUUCAUGUUUGAAAGCGCUGUCCGAGAUACCUACAUAGAAGCCUUCCAAGCCUACGGCUACUGCAUCCAGCUUCAGAACCCUGGGUCUUAUUUUGGAAAUGGAGGCAACUAUGUGGAUGUCGCGGUCAUCUCGAUCUUCAAUGUCGUGGUUGGACAGGCUUUGUACUCUGGCCAGUUCAACUUGGAUGCAGAGGAGGAGCUUUUUGCUCUCUUGGUCUUUGUUCGCUGGUUCCAGAUGCUUUUCGCACUGCGUGCUUUCAAGCUGGGCAUGAUUGGCGUAAAAGGAAUUAUUCCCAUACUGCACUCUGUCAAGAAGAUAGGGGGCAUGGGGAUCAUCUGUGGCUUCGUUUUUGCCGGAUUCUGGCAUGCCUUCAUGAUCCUGGACAACGGCCUGGAAGGCCCCUAUAAAAUUCUGGUGGGAACGGUGAAGCUGCUGUUCAUGGUGGAUGGCGAUGGCAUCGUGCAAGUCUUGAAGCUUGGCAACCGUGGUGAUGAGGCUGGUAACGGGGACUACAUCACACUGGCCAGCUUGAUGGUUGCAGUGAUCAUCUUCUGUAUUAGUUUGCUGAAUCUGUUUAUCGCUGUACAUGGAAGGGCAUACUCCGAAGCCCACAUGCAUGCCACCAACCUAUUCCUCCAAGAACGGGCCUCGAUUUGUGUGCACUGCAUGGUACAGCUGCGGUUGCCCAUGUGCUGCGGGCACAAGAGGAAAUGGUGGAAGCUGGGCUACUUCGUUUUGGCAUUUCUGGCAUUUGGAGGAUGGGUUCUAUGUAUUCUUAUCGAAGACUGUCCUGCGAUCAUUCCCGCAGUGCUGCUCUCCUUGGCCUUCUACCUGUUCAACGGGCUGCUGCUGGAGCGGCCAUGGACUAAUGAAGAUGUCUGCAGUCGCAGCUACCUUUGGUGGUGUGCACCGACAAGCAAGCAAUAUGGCAUCUCUGGUGAAGCGGAGCAAGCGCAGAUGGUGGAAGACAUGGCCGAGAGGCUGGUGCGGCUUGAGAAGUCGCUAGAAGAGCUGCGGCAAAGCAGCCUCCAGGCGGGGCGGCCGCAGACACGCGGUGGCCGGAUGGGCAACACUCGGCUGGGUGGGCGAUGGCAUUGA